AUGCGCCGGAAGGGACGGUCAAGACUUGCAUGUAGUCUUGAAUUCCGAGCCAACCAUGGCCAUGCGACGAUUUCUCUUUCCGCCGCCAUGGACUGGGCCAUGUCCCGACCCGGUACUCAGUCCAACGGCAUUUUUACUGUCUUCCAGCCUUGCAGCCCAUCGCCGAAAAACUCUGCAAUAUCUGCAACGUAUACUAUCGCGAACGUCAAGUACGGGGGUGGAUUCAGGUCUCACCGACUUUGUUUGGGCUCAUCUCCGGCCACUGCACGAUCUCCGUCGACAUUUGAUAUCCUGUCGAUGACGAUUUUGCCGCCUUCAGCUCUCAUUCACAUAUUCCUUCAAUUCCAUCCACCCUGCCACUUUCCCGACGACAAUUCCUUUGAAAAUGCAGGACGUGGACCUGAUCCCUCCGCCACGAACCCCGCAUACCCUCUUGUAGUCAUCAGUGGCUCCUACUGCCGACACGUUCUCACCCUUCGGGGCAAGAAAGACACCUUUGUCCGCGCACAAUCCUGGUGA